GGAAAACGGACCUGGAAGUCUUUGUCUCCGGUGUGAGGCUGCGAUCACCUGCGGGAGAGAUCGCAUACCUGAGGCUCUGUUUUUUGCUUUAAUCUGAGGGUUAAGUGACAAUCAGUUCCGGUCUUUUCCAGUCUUGGCUAGAUUUGCUUGUAUUUUGUUUUUAGCCAUUGCUCAUGUAAUGCACUCCCUUAACCAGGAAAUUAAAGCGUUCUCCCGGAAUAAUCUCAGGAAGCAAUGCACCAGGGUGACAACGCUAACUGGGAAGAAAAUUAUAGAAACAUGGAAAGAUGCCAGAAUUCAUGUUGUGGAAGAAGUAGAGCCGAGCAGUGGGGGUAGUUGUGGUUAUGUGCAGGACCUUAGCUUGGACCUGCAUGUUGGUGUUAUUAAGCCAUGGUUGCUUCUGGGGUCACAAGAUGCUGCUCAUGAUCUGGAUACUCUGAAAAAGUACAAGGUGACUCAUAUUCUCAAUGUUGCAUAUGGAGUUGAAAAUGCUUUCCUCAGUGACUUUAUAUAUAAGAGCAUUUCUAUAUUGGAUCUGCCUGAAACCAGUAUCUUGUCUUAUUUUCCAGAAUGUUUUGAAUUUAUUGAACAAGCAAAAAUGAAGGAUGGAGUGGUUCUUGUUCAUUGUAAUGCAGGAGUUUCCAGGGCUGCUGCAAUUGUAAUAGGUUUCCUGAUGAAUUCUGAAGAAAUCUCAUUUACCAGUGCUUUCUCUUUGGUGAAAAAUGCAAGGCCUUCCAUAUGUCCAAAUGCUGGCUUCAUGGAGCAACUUCGUACAUACCAAGAGGGCAAAGAAAGCAAUAAGUGUGACAACAUACAGGAAUUAGAAAGGGGUGACAGUUCAUGAGUUACAUUCCAACAGAGAUAGAGACAGCCAGUGAGAGAGGGAACACAAGCAGG